UGACGCCACUUGUCUUCCUUUCUAAAAUGGCUCUUUCCGUUCAUGCCGCCGAGUAGGAGACGUGACUAUUGUUGCAAAUAAAUAAUUUAAAAUAAUUGUGACAAACCAAAGGACAAAUCGAAACCAUGGUUGAAGAUUGGUCAGAUGAAAUACAGACGGCUGUUAUAGCGCCGAAAAUAGCAGAAUUACCUGAAAUUAAGUUGUUCGGUAGAUGGAACUGCGAUGAUGUGCAAGUAUCAGAUAUGUCACUCCAGGAUUACAUUGCAGUAAAAGAGAAGAAUGCUAAAUAUUUGCCUCAUUCUGCUGGACGAUAUGCGGCAAAGAGAUUCCGUAAAGCCCAAUGUCCCAUCGUAGAGAGAUUAACAAAUUCUCUAAUGAUGCAUGGACGUAACAACGGUAAGAAAUUGAUGGCAGUCCGUAUCGUUAAACACGCAUUUGAAAUUAUCCAUCUUCUCACUGGAGAGAAUCCGUUACAGAUUUUAGUAUCGGCCAUCAUAAAUUCUGGUCCUCGUGAGGACUCCACUCGUAUCGGACGAGCCGGUACCGUAAGGAGGCAAGCCGUUGAUGUCUCGCCUUUGCGCAGAGUAAACCAGGCCAUCUGGUUGCUGUGUACAGGGGCUCGUGAAGCUGCAUUCCGUAACAUUAAAACGAUUGCUGAAUGUUUAGCCGAUGAACUUAUUAAUGCCGCUAAGGGUUCCUCAAACUCAUACGCAAUUAAAAAGAAAGAUGAACUUGAACGUGUUGCAAAAUCCAACCGAUAAUUUUAUGUGUUAUUUCUGUAUUUUGUUACAGAACAAAUAAAAAUUUCUUAAGUAAAUUA